AUGCGUUUCAAAGCCAACCUCACCAAUCAAAAAUUAUUAUACUCUAUUGUGCAAUGUAUGGAAAAAGUGGACAAGACAGGAAUCAUUCGUCUCAGCAAGGAUAAAAUAAUACUGAUCGCCAGACAAACUGAUGGUGAAAAUACUCAAGUUCAUGGUGUUGUGCCAUCUGUAAAUUUAUUUUCAGAGAUGAGGAUACAAUCCAAACUCCGAAAUGAAAUUGUGAUUGAAGUACAAUUGAAAAAUCUAUCUGCAGCUUUAAAAUCUGCCAAUAAUGCACUUGCGAUUGUGGCAAAAUUAACAAAAAAACAAGAAAUUGGAUAUUUGAGCUUUGAAAUUAAAACACAAGUAGCAAAAGGAAAGGAAACUUCAAAUGUUGUGACAGUCGUUCAAGAUGUUCCAAUUAGAGUACUUUUACAGGAGGAAAUUCAAGUCAAAGUUGUAGAACCAGACUUUUCAUCACAUUGUCAAAAUCCGCUCAUUAUUAGUUUACCAAAACUAAAAGAGAUGAAAUCUGUUAUUGAUAAGAUGAAAUCAACUCAUAAUGGUACAGUAGAAGUAUCUGGAUCACCUACAGGGCAACUAAGGUUAUUAGUGACUAGUACAUUAGUUUCAAUCAGAACUAUUUAUAAGGGGCUUAAUGUUAAAGCCUCUCCUCCUAACACAAUCAAUGAAGUUUACACUUCAGAGAUUACAGUCAAGCUGAAAUCACUCUCUAGACUUCUCCAUGCCCAUAAUGCCAAUCCAACUGAUGUGAAUUGUAUCUUUGCUGAUGGUACAGCACUCAUUGUUGAUGUCUAUCUUGAAUCGAAUGGUGAAGGGGAUGAAGCCCCAAAAAGCUACCUGACUUACUAUAUUACUGCAGUUCAAUAA